AUGUCGCGCCCCGGCACCCGCCAAGAGGUCGAGGUCCAACGAAUGCGGCAGCUCAUCCACGAGUACAUGGUCCGCUCAUGCCAGACGAUCCUCGCCGCGCGGCUCCUCCCGAUCGACCUCGGCACCGUCGCCUCCUCCAAGGACCACCGCGGCCGCUGCUGGUUCAACCUCGAGGACCAGGACUCGUCCGUCGUCACGGAGGAGCUGAACCAGUGGCGCGUCACCGCAGCGGACGAAAUCGUCAUCGAGGUGUUUCUCCAGAGACCCGAAGCGCAGUCUGAUGACGAACUCCUCGAACGCUGGUACCUCGGGUACACGCAGACGCCCUCCGCGGCGCACCGCGACGCGAUGCACGGCGCCACGCCGCGCCAGGUCGCCGCCCGCCAGGCUCCGGGCGUCUACAAGCGCAUGAUCAUCUCUCUACGCUCCCUCAUGACGCUCCUGCGGGCCCUCCCGGCGCACCGCCUGUGCCGGGAGCUCCGGCUGCGGCAGACCUCCACGCCCGGGAUCGACGGCAGCGCGGGCGCCUCCGCGCACACCCCGCGGGUGUCGUUCCGCGUCCUGGGCGCGACUGAGGCGGCGCGUGCCAUGCAGGUGCACCUGCAGCAGUCGCGGAACGAGGCGGACCCGUGCUACGCGCCGCUGCCGGCGGGGGGCGGGCCGCACGGCGAGCGCAUCGCGGCGAGGACCUUCGAGCCGAUUCCGUGGUUCGGCGGGGAGAUAAACAUGUCGGUGGAGUACAAGUCUUCAUGCUUGGACCUGCUCAAGGUGUACGGGCUGUCGCAGCGGUCCCCGGCGGCGGUGGCCGGCAGCCCCGGCGGGCAGCCCGGGCGCAUCAUCGCGGAGUACAUGGCGUCGCCGAUGCGGCGUCAGCAGUCGUUGCCAGCGCGCGACGGGGGCGCGCCGGCUUCGCCAGUGCGGGCGCCGCAGCCCGCGCCGGCGCCGCCGCGCGCGCCGUCGCCGGCGCCGAUCGCCGUGCACGGCUUCGCGGUGCCGGCGUCAGCGGGGGCCGUCAACGUCGUGCAGCACGCCACCGUGGGCGCGAUGCGGCCGGGUUCGAUCUCGCGCGCGUGCUUCAACCGCUCCACGGGCGACCUCAUGCGCGCCGCGGGGGACCUCGCGGAGGCCGGGCCCGCCACCGACGCCCUCGCGCGGCCCGAGGCAGGCGCCCCGCGGCUCCAGCCGGGCUCUGCCCCGAUUGGCGCUGGACUUGUGCCGCGCGCAUCGGCCCUGACGCGCGGCAUGCUCGCCGCGCCUGUGCCCCCGGCGGACGACGCGCAGGCGGCGAUGGAGGACGUCGACCUCGGCGACCCGUCAGCGAUCGGCCAGCUGCAUCACGUCACGUCCCCGCAGCGCGCGCCGCGCGAGCGGCACUCCCCGCGCGCGGGCGGGCAGAGCGGCGCGGCGAUGGAGGUGGCGAUGAGCCACUCGCCGCACCAGUGCCGCCUAUCCGAGAUGUACGGCCGUUCCGAGGACUGGAAGUGGAAUGAACCCGGGCUCAUGUUGCCCUUCACGCCGGCGUCGGUGGGGGCCGCAGGGCACAGCCUGGACGCGAGCCCCGGCGGGCAGCGCAUGGGGCCGCCGUCGCGGAACAACUCGGCGCGCGGCCGCGGGGCUUCCCGCGGGAGCGCGCGCGGCGCGGCGGGGGCGGGGGCGGCGGGCGGCACCGACAGCAGAGGCAUGUCGUGCAGCCCCGGGAACAACGCUAUCGUCGCGGCGGGCAGCCGGCACGCCCCGGAGCCCCAGGGCGCGUUCGACGGGUCGGCGUCGCACGCGAUGGAGAUUUGCGGGUCGUGGCAGACCCGGGCGCAGGGGCGGCACGCUGCGGCGCUCGCACGGGCGUCGCCGCGGCACCUGGUGCCGCAGACGUCGGGGUCGAGCCGUGGCGGGAGUCGGCAGGGGCUGCGCGGCGCGGGCGGCGGCCAGGCGCCCGACGCGGGGGCGUCGGGCGUGUCGGAGUGCGACACCUCCUGCGGGGGCGCGCACUUCGUUCCCUUCCCGUUCGGCAAUGCGUUCGCGUCGGAGAACGAGGCAAUGGCGGUGUCUGCGUCCUCGUGCUCCGCGGGGCCGUCGCCGCGCCCGCCCGACCCGAGAACCACCCCCCCAGCUGCACACCCCCCCACCACGCCCGGCGGCAGCGGCUGGGGCCCGGCCUCCGCGUCCGUCCUGCACUCCAAGAUCCCGCAGUACCCUCCGAUGCUCCCUGCGCCCGCGCCAGCCCAGCCGAUCCCGCGGCCACCCCGGGCGGACCACCACCACGCGGCCGCGGCCCCUGCCGACGACCCCGCGUGGCACCCGCUGGCGAACCCGUCGUCCUCCGUGCCCGCGGCGCCGCGGCACCGGGACCAGGCCGGCGUCGGGGAGAUCCUCGAGCUCCUCAGCGAGGCCCCCGGCGCGGAGGAGGUCCGUGCUGGCCCGUGCUUCAGUUCCGAGACGGCGCACAUGGCGGUCUCUGGAGCGUCGCGGUCGAGCGGGCCGGACACGGCGCGCGCGGACUCCGCGCAGGGCCGGGCGUCGCUGGGCGCCGGGAGCGGGAGCGCGGAGGGGCCGCAACAAGCCGCGCAGGGCAAACUCGGGUUUGCGCAGGCGGUGAGCCGGCUGGACCGCUACCUGGAGCACGGCGGGCCGUCGGCGCCGAUGCCGCUGCCGCGGAGCUGA